AUGGAUAGAAAACCUUCAGUAAAGUGGGAGGAGCCAGAAAGUGAUCGAAAGACUGUCCCAAAAAAGAUAGAAAGGCCAAGCGUCUCAACAUUGGACUUUUGGAACCGGGAGCUUGAAAAUCCGCUGGAUUCAGAUAAGGAUCAAGACGAAUCUACCGAUAUGGAUGCGUUUUUCACUUCUACAGGCUGUUUGGAGAAUGAAAAGGAAAGGGAAUUUCUGGUGUAUUCGAAAUUUACUGUACGGGAAAUCAAAAGAUCGACUGAUUCCGUGGUGUUAGUAGGUGACAAGGUUGAAUGCCAUCUUUCAGGAGAAUGGUGCGAGACAGAGUAUAGAGUAAACGACCGGAUCACUGUUCUUCACUGCAUCUGUUGCAAUGAGCAGGAUGAAACAUCUGAUAUUGAUUACCUGGAUGAGAUCUUCGAGUCUGAAUGUGGAGAUCACUCUAUGAUUGAAGAAAAAGAAAAUUCAGGCCAAAGUAUCUUGAGAAAUCGAAUCUUUGUUACAAAUACGGAAAACUACCUCCUCAUUGAGGAUGAUCCCAUCUCCAUCACAACACUGUGUGAGUCCUUGUCAUGCAAAAAUAAGCGCUAUAUCAACACCAAGAUUGCCUCUAUAAGGUUUUCUUAUACCGACCUAAGAGUUCUUAUUGGAGUAGUGGUUCAUUCUGUGAUGGAAAAGGCUCUAGUUGAAAGGAACUUCUCUUUUGACUUCUUAACAAGGCAAACGAAGGCAAAGAUUUCUAAAAAUGUUGCUCUGAUGCAUAGAUGUGGUAUUGAUGAAAGGACAGCUCUUAAUGAAUCACUGAAGUUAAUAAAGAACAUAUACCUGUUCCGGGAUCACAGGUUUGAGGUUGUUGAGACGGAAAAAAAGCUCAUGUCACUCUUGUUUAACAUCAAAGGGAAUGCAGAUGCAAUUGGGGAAGACUCGGUCCUCGAGAUAAAGAGCACCAAGUCUCAAAGAGCAGAACAUCGUGCACAAGUAAUCUUGUAUGCUCUCAUGCUUAGGGAAAAAACAGGAAGAGACUUUUCUCCGUGUUUGUACUAUAUUCCUACAAGAGAGAUGGUUGAAGUUAAGCUAAAGCAUCAAGAAAUUCGAAGUCUGUUAAACCUUAGAAAUAAGAUUGCUGUUACAAGUGAACCGUGUGAAUGUACAUGCGACGAUUUUAGUUGCAAUGCUCUGCUUAAGAUAAAAUCUCUCGACGAGACACAUUUUCUAAGAAGUCAGCUAGACGCAAUAGAUUCAGAAGAAGGAAGGACAGCAGAGUCAUUUAUUCCAGUUAUACUUCGUUAUCAAAAUAAUACUUUAGUUAGGCUGGAUAUUCAAGGAGUUUUUUCUCCCAACAACAUAUAUCUGAGUUUGUUCAGCUCUGACUUUGUAAGAAUCUCAAAGGGGAUUGUUGAGGAGAUUAAUGGAAAUAGACUAUUGGUAAGACUAAACGAAGAAAUACUUUUCAAAGAUAGAGAAAAGCUUUAUGUGUCUUUUGGAGUCUCAGACAUAUUCUUCAGGUUUAUGAGGUUUUCACUUGUUCAUAUUGCCUAUCCAAGAUACUGCACACCAGAGGUGAUAGGAGGAUUCACCCUCCCUAUGGAAAAGAUGGGCCUUGGUUUGGAAAACGGUUUUGAUGAGCCAAACUCGGGAGACGGAGAUUCUCUUUUGACUGAAGAAUUGGAGGAGUGUCUUAAAAGUGAUAAAGAGGUUUUGGAAAAUGACAAGGAAAAAAUCAAAGCGGAUGGGAAUGGUGGAGAUAAAACCUCUUCUAACAUAUCAGAAAUACAUACGAGUUAUGAGUUGGACGAUCACAAAAUCACAAUACCCGAAGUUUAUCGGGAGGAGUUCUUAAAGCUCAACGAUGAUCAACGCUCUGCAUUAUUUUUGUCCCUGAACUGUAAGAACUACAGAAUUAUACAUGGAAUGCCGGGGACGGGAAAAAGUACCCUAAUAUGCCUCUUAAUUAAGAUUCUUGUUUAUCUCAAAAAGAAAGUUCUUCUGAUAUGCUACACGAAUCUUGCACUGGCAAAUAUUACAAAGAAGUUAAGCGGAAUUAGAGUGUACACUGCCGGAAAGGAGGGCUUUUUCUUCAAAACAACCGAAGAGGCCAAGUUGUUCUUUGAUAAUAUUGAACUGGUAGUAGGAACAUGUUUUUCGUUUUCCGAUCCUAUCUAUUUAAAUAGACGGUUUGACUUCUGUGUAGUUGAUGAGGGUUCUCAAAUGCACCUACUUCUAACCUUGAUACCUAUAAGCAUUUCUUCGAAGUUUGUGAUAGUAGGGGAUCAUCUCCAACUAAAACCUCUUUCUAGAUGUUCUAAGGACCUGAGUAUUUCACUUUUUGAGUAUUUACUUGGAAAAGAUUACUCCAAACUUAGGACACAAUACAGGAUGGGAAAUGAGAUUAUGAGGCUGUCAAACACCCUUUUCUACAGUAACCAACUUCUUGGGGAGAAGAGGCCAUCGAAGGUUGAGUUUAUAGACACCGAUAUCAUAGAUUUCAUGGCAUUAGUACCUUCUUUUGAAAAAUGCACUAUCCUCUGCUAUUUCAAUGCACAGGUAGAUACUAUAAGAGAAAUGACUAGAUGUAUUGUAGAAACGGUGGAUAGGUUUCAAGGGAGUGAAAGUGACAAGGUUGUUGUUGUCUUUGAUCCUAUUUCCAAGUGUGAAGUGAUGGAGAGCAGCGAAAGGCUUAACGUGGCAUUGACAAGGGCCAAGAAGCACCUUGUUCUUGCAGGGAGCAGGACAAAAAUGAUGGAAAUAGACAUAUUGAAGAGACUUAUAAGUAUCUUGUAA